AACGCGUCCCGUCCGGGUCCUGAGGAGCCGCCGCCGCCGCCGCCGCUGCCGCCGCCAGCACCACUUGCCAACAUGGCGGACCUGGAGGCCGUGCUGGCCGAUGUGAGCUACCUGAUGGCCAUGGAGAAGAGCAAGGCCACUCCGGCCGCCCGUGCCAGCAAGAAGAUCGUCCUGCCGGAGCCCAGUAUCCGGAGUGUGAUGCAGAAGUACCUUCAGGAAAGGAAUGAAAUCACGUUCGACAAGAUUUUCAAUCAGAAAAUCGGUUUCUUGCUAUUUAAAGAUUUUUGUUUGAAUGAAAUUAAUGAAGCUGUACCUCAGGUGAAAUUUUAUGAAGAGAUCAAAGAAUACGAAAAGCUGGACAAUGAAGAAGAUCGCCUUUGUCGAAGUCGCCAGAUUUACGACGCCUAUAUCAUGAAAGAGCUCCUCUCCUGUUCCCAUCCGUUCUCCAAGCAAGCCGUGGAGCAUGUACAAAGUCAUCUGUCGAAGAAACAAGUGACAUCCACUCUGUUUCAGCCAUAUAUAGAAGAAAUCUGUGAAAGUCUUCGAGGCAACAUUUUUCAGAAGUUUAUGGAAAGCGACAAGUUCACUAGAUUUUGUCAGUGGAAAAACGUAGAAUUAAAUAUCCAUUUGACCAUGAAUGAUUUCAGUGUCCAUAGGAUUAUUGGACGAGGAGGAUUUGGUGAAGUCUACGGUUGCAGGAAAGCAGACACAGGAAAAAUGUAUGCAAUGAAAUGCUUAGAUAAGAAGAGGAUCAAGAUGAAGCAAGGAGAAACAUUAGCCUUAAACGAGAGGAUUAUGUUGUCGCUGGUCAGUACAGGAGACUGUCCUUUCAUCGUGUGUAUGACCUACGCGUUCCAUACUCCUGAUAAACUCUGCUUCAUCCUGGAUCUGAUGAACGGGGGCGACCUGCACUAUCACCUCUCGCAGCAUGGAGUGUUUUCCGAGAAGGAGAUGCGCUUCUACGCCACCGAGAUCAUCCUGGGGUUGGAGCACAUGCACAAUCGCUUCGUGGUCUACCGAGAUCUGAAGCCCGCAAAUAUACUCCUGGACGAGCACGGACAUGUGAGGAUCUCGGACCUUGGGCUGGCCUGUGACUUCUCCAAGAAGAAGCCGCACGCGAGCGUGGGCACCCAUGGGUACAUGGCUCCCGAGGUGCUGCAGAAGGGGACAGCCUAUGAUAGCAGUGCCGACUGGUUCUCGCUGGGUUGUAUGCUCUUCAAGCUCCUGAGAGGUCACAGCCCUUUCAGACAGCACAAAACCAAAGAUAAGCACGAGAUUGACCGGAUGACGCUCACCGUGAAUGUGGAGCUGCCAGACUCCUUCUCGCCGGAGCUGCAGUCGCUCCUGGAAGGCCUGCUGCAGCGUGACGUGGGCAAGCGGCUGGGUUGCCGUGGAGGAGGGGCGCAGGAAGUGAAAGAACACAGCUUCUUCAGAGGCGUGGACUGGCAGCACGUGUACUUGCAAAAGUACCCACCGCCCCUGAUCCCUCCCCGGGGAGAAGUCAACGCCGCCGACGCCUUUGACAUCGGCUCCUUUGACGAAGAGGACACCAAAGGCAUCAAGCUGCUUGAUUGUGACCAAGAACUCUACAAGAACUUCCCCCUGGUCAUCUCUGAACGCUGGCAGCAGGAAGUGGCGGAAACAGUGUACGAAGCGGUGAACGCGGACACGGAUAAGCUCGAGGCCAGGAAGAGAGCCAAAAACAAACAGCUGGGCCACGAAGAAGACUAUGCACUGGGGCGAGACUGCAUCAUGCAUGGGUACAUGCUGAAGCUGGGGAACCCGUUCCUGACUCAGUGGCAGCGGCGCUAUUUUUACCUCUUCCCGAAUCGGCUCGAGUGGAGAGGGGAGGGCGAGUCACGGCAAAGUUUGCUGACAAUGGAACAGAUUUUGUCCGUGGAAGAAACGCAGAUUAAAGAUAAAAAAUGCAUCUUGUUCCGGAUAAAAGGAGGGAAACAAUUUGUCUUGCAAUGUGAGAGUGACCCAGAGUUUGUGCAAUGGAAGAAGGAAUUGACUGAGACCUUCACAGAGGCCCAGCGGCUCCUGCGCCGCGCCCCCAAGUUCCUUAACAAACCCCGCUCUGGUGUCGUCGAGCUGUCCAAGCCACCCCUGUGUCACAGAAACAGCAAUGGCCUCUGACGCCCAGGAGCAGCGGGGUCCUCGAGGAGUCCGCCCGGGGGUCUCGGGCCCUCGGCACAGAGCCUAUGGGAGAAAUCAAGGAUCCGAGUUCAGCACAGCAACCGAGCGAGCGAGCGCAGGGGGGUCUCGCUCCCUCUCUGUCUCUCUCUCUCUCUUUGGCUGGCAAAGGUCCCAGGCACCAUGAUGCUCCCAAUAGGAGUUAGGACCACUACCCAGUUGGGGUCACCCUCUCCCCACCUGCUGGAUACCAUCUGUCCGUGCUCAGAACUGCUGAUGGAAUGAAAGUUCUACUUCUUGGCUGCGCACUGUGGUCUCUACAAGGCCUAGAACUUGAAGUGACUCCUGCUUCUUACUUAAACAUGUUUAGGUUUGAUAUCAAAUGUAUCGCAGAGACUUUGCAGGAUGGAGUUGAGGCACCUUUAGUGUUGGGUCGCAGGCCGCCUGAAGCAUCGCCGUCAUCCUCUGGGUGGACAGCAGAGUUCAUGGAUCUUGUGUAUUCCAGCUCCCGGCUCUAGGACGGUGGGUGCACAGCAGCGUACUGCCUCGCAUGCCCCGCUCAGAGCUUAACAUUUUCUUGUCCAGGCUCCAAAGCUGACGAGGUGGCACUCAGGGCCCUCACAUGGCCUACCCAGCCUCCCAGCCUCUAUCUCAGGGGGCUCCCUGUCCCCCCCGCCCCGGCAGUGAUGGGAUCACAUUCUCCAAGCACAUGGCAUCUGCUGUGAGGAACCCUGGGCCCUCAUCCGUCAGUGACUGGAAAGAUUUGCCGCAACUCCUACGGAGCAACAGGAGAAUCUGGGAUUUCAGGGUCCAACAGCGAGUUUUGAGACCCUUCCAGCCCAACGUGCCUGAACAAACAGCGCUUCCCUGUGUCCAGCUGCUCAUGGCCGCAUGUCUCGUAUCACAAGUGUGGUUGUGUGACACAGGCAUGCGGCCCUGGCUCCUGCUGUUCAGCCAUAAGGGAUGUGCAAGAGAAGACACAAAAUCGCUCGGUUUUACCCGUUUGCAUAAUUUAUGAAUGCUGGAGAGCGGAUGAGUGGAUGUGUCGGCUGUAGGCUGGGUCUCUGCCUCGCCACCACUGUCAGCCUCUCCUGCCAUGGAGGGAGGCUUUCCCACGCACUGCGUGGUUCUACUGUAGUGACGACAUCACAGGGCUCAGACUGCUUGACCCAUCCCAGCUGUGCCCACCCCCAUGCCCUGAUGCCGCCAAAUAGAUGCUGAAUUGUUAAAAAAAAAAAAAAAAACAACCAAAACGGCCAACUCCCCCAUGUUGACAGACUGAAAAAAUAAUAACAAUUUCAAAAGACCACAUGUUUGUCCUGUUCUUGGCCUAGCUUUAGCAUAUGGCUCCCCACACAGUACCAACAAUGCAAAUUAGCCAGACUUUG